AUGUUCCCUUGGCAACGGGAGGCCUGGCCGCCUGACCAUAGAGGGCGGCCUCCAGCUGGGAAGAGAAGACGUUCUUUUCUGCUGCCGACUCAGUGGUUUCUCUUCCGGCAGCAGCACGAGGACCUGUCUGCAAAGAAGCUGCGGCUGACCAAGCCCAGCAAGUCAGCAGCGCUCCAUGUCGACCUGUGCAAAGCCACCUCGCCCGCAGAUGCCUUGCAGUACCUGCUCCAGUUUGCCAGGAAGCCCGUGGAAGUGGAGAGCGUGGAAGGGGUUGUCAGGAUCCUGCUGGAGCAUUAUUACAAGGAGAACGAUGCCUCUGUAAGACUGAAGAUUGCUUCCUUACUGGGCUUGUUAUCGAAGACUGCGGGGUUUUCCCCAGACUGCAUUGUGGAUGAUGCCAUCAACACGCUUCAAAAUGAGAAGUCUCACCAAGUCCUUGCUCAGCUGCUGGACACCCUGUUGGUGAUCGGCACAAAACUCACGGAGAAUCCGUCUGUCAGGAUGAGACUGGUAGAGGUAGCCUGCAAGCAUCUGACAGAUUCUUCCCAUGGUGUAAGAAAUAAGUGUCUUCAGUUAAUUGGCUGUCUUGGACCAGUUGAAAAAGGUGUUGUGAAGGAAGUUGAAAGCCAGGCUGCCAAAGAUGUGCAGAAGAUAAUAGGAGAUCAUUUUAAUGACCAGGACCCUCGUGUUAGGACUGCAGCUAUAAAAGCUAUGCUGCAGCUUCAUGAAAGAGGAUUAAAAUUACAGCAGGCUAUUUACAGUCAGGCCUGCAAGCUGUUGGCAGAUGAUUACGAGCAAGUGCGCAGUGCUGCAGUUCAGUUAAUUUGGGUCCUCAGUCAACUUUACCCUGAAAGCAUCGUUCCGAUUCCUUCCUCUAAUGAAGAAAUUCGCUUGGUUGAUGAUGCAUUUGGAAAAAUUUGUCACAUGGUUAGCGAUGGUUCCUGGGUUGUUAGAGUACAAGCUGCUAAGUUAUUGGGCUCUAUGCAACAAGUUAGCUCCCACUUCUUGGAGCAGACCCUUGACAAGAAGCUUAUGUCAGAUCUGAGGAGGAAGCGCACUGCACACGAACGAGCCAAGGAACUCUACAGCUCUGGGGAGUUUUCAAGUGGCAGAAAAUGGGGAGAUGAUGCUCCCAAAGAAGAAAUUGAUACAGGUGCUGUAAACUUGAUAGAAUCAGGAGCUUGUGGGGCCUUUGUUCAUGGCCUUGAAGAUGAGAUGUAUGAGGUUCGGAUCGCUGCGGUUGAAGCCCUCUGUAUGUUGGCUCAGUCCUCGCCUUCUUUUGCGGAGAAAUGCCUGGAUUUUUUGGUUGACAUGUUUAAUGACGAAAUUGAGGAGGUGAGAUUGCAGUCCAUACACACAAUGAGAAAAAUUUCCAACAACAUCACGCUGCGGGAAGACCAGCUGGAUACUGUGUUGGCUGUUCUUGAGGAUUCUUCAAGGGACAUUCGGGAAGCACUUCAUGAGCUGCUGUGUUGCACCAAUGUCUCAACUAAAGAAGGCAUCCAUCUUGCACUGGUGGAGCUGCUGAAAAACCUAACCAAGUAUCCCACCGACAGAGAAUCUAUAUGGAAAUGCUUGAAGUUCCUGGGAAGUAGACAUCCCACUUUGGUGCUCCCCUUAGUCCCAGAGCUGCUGAGCACUCAUCCCUUCUUUGACACACCAGAACCAGACAUGGAUGACCCAGCCUACAUUGCUGUGCUGGUUCUGAUUUUUAACGCUGCUAAAAGCUGCCCAACGAUGCCUGCCCUGUUCUCUGACCAUACCUUCAGACAUUACGCCUAUCUUCGGGACAGCCUCUCUCAUCUGGUCCCUCCGUUACGAUUGCCAGGUAGGAAGCUGGUGUCCUCCCCCGUCUCCCCCAGCAUCACACCACAUGAAGAUCCUUCCCAGCAGUUCUUGCAUCAGAGCCUGGAGAGGGUUUACAACCUCCAGCACCUCGACCCGCAGGGCAUACAGGAACUGCUGGAAUUCACCAUCCGUGAUCUUCAGAGGCUUGGAGAACUGCAGUCAGAACUGGCAGGGAUGGCAGAUUUCACUGCAACGUACCUACAGUGUCAGCUGCUCCUCACCAAGGCCUUGCAGGAGAAGCUGUGGAACGUGGCAGCUCCUCUGUACCUGAAGCAGAACGCGUUAGCAUCUGCUGCAGCGAAACAGAUCUUGGAAGAAACGUAUAAAAUGGAGUUCAUGUACAGCGGCGUGGAGAGCCGACAAGUGGUCAUUAUUCACCACAUGAGACUGCAGGCGAAGGCCUUGCAGCUGAUAGUGACUGCGCGUACGACCAGAGGAGUGGAACCCCUUUUUGGGAUGUGUGAAAAAUUCCUGCAAGAAGUGGAUUCCUUUCAGAGAUGUUUCAUCUCUGAGCUCCCGCAUAUGCAAGGCAGUUUUGUAGAUAAGCUGCUGGAUUUAAUGCCCAGACUGGUGACAUCCAAGCCUUCGGAAGUGGUCAAGAUUCUUCAGACAACACUCCGACAAAGUACCUUCCUCCACCUUCCUCUUCCAGAGCAGCUCCAUAGAGCUACUGCGAAUAUCAUUGAGCCUACGGGUGAAUCUGACAAUCCCCUGAGGUUCACAUCGGGGUUGGUGGUGGCGCUGGAUGUUGACGCGACUCUGGAGCACGUGCAGGAUCCCCAAGGAACCGUUAAAGUUCAGGUGCUGUAUCCAGAUGGACAAGCACAACUGAUCCAUCCCAAACCAGCUGACUUCCGAAAUCCCGCUCCUGGAAGGCACAGGCUGAUAACUCAGGUUUACCUCUCGCACACAGCCUGGACAGAGCCGUGUCAGAUUGAGGUGCGGUUGCUGCUGGCCUACAAUUCUAACAGGAGCAAAGCAGCUGCUAAAAUUCCUAAAUCUACCUGGAGCGAGAGCUUGGAGGCUCUCCCGCAGUCCGAAAACGGCAUAGAGGGGACCAUACCCUUCAGCAAAGCUGUCAAAGUUUAUAUAAUGCCCAAACCGGCCAGGCGGUGAAGUCUGUCACUGAGAAAUGUAUUUAUGGGGUUGUUGGGUUACAGGAAAACAAUGUGCUGUGUUCCAAGAGAAAUGAAAUCACUUGUCAACCAAAGAGUAAAG